UUUCUCUAUGAUUCUCUCCUGUGCUGACAAUAAAAAACAACCAUCACAGGACAUAUAUGUUUCCACGCAUCCUUUCGAUUUCUAUCGAUCCUACAUUAACGCGUAGUUACAUCCUAGAAGAGUUCUUGUGUUAUUUGCCGUCCUUCUAAAUGCAGUACAGAUCAAGUGUGUCCAGUAGGUGUUCCCUUUUCCCACAGAAGAGUCCCAUUGGAGGUGGCCGCCACCGGGCAAAACCUGCACUGCCACGGUUGGGAAAGUCCACCGAAGGUUUCAAUGUAGACUCUGGCUUCGAGACAUCCGAAUUCGAUUUCAUCGAUUUUGCCGAGGAUGUGUUCAAUUGCCAGGACCCGCAUCCUCCCCAGUUGAUUGCAGAGGCGGCGGCUCUGUUCGGAUUAGUGGCCGGAACUGCCAAUCGUAGACACUCGAGUGCGACACAUAAUCGGUACAAGUUAGUUGAUUUACCCAGACGAAGUGUGAAUCCAUUUCAUACGGGUAAAUAUCAACGGAGGAGGAAUCGGAGUCGGGUCUCUUUCGACUUUGACCCAUCGUCCCACGACCCAGUCGAUGAUUUGCAGCCUCAGAAUCAGUCGAGUGAGGACCAGCGCCGACAACAGUCGCAACAUCUGCCAUCGUCGCCCGCAAAACAACCGCAGCCUCAGCCGUUGACCACGUUUACGUCGGCCAAACCGAACCCUUCGCCGUCUUCUGCAGUUUCGUCCCCUAAAUCCCAUCAACCGAUGAACUGGAACCGAAGUGAUGCAACCAAGGCUCUGCUAGUGGAAGCAAAGGCCAUUGAACUGCUCAAGUCUCCGAAUGUGCUGGUGCUGCGUUUUCCCGAUCCGGAAUUAAACAAGGAAAUAGUUCAAGGCUAUUCGACUUCUAUCGAGAACGUGGUUUUCCAUCGGCCUUCAACACCGCGGUACUGUUUGGUGCACUUGAAGCCAGAUGCCGACGUGGACCGAGUCAUUCAGCAGCUUUCCAAGAUCUCGUUCGGAGCCGGAAAGAUAUCCGUGGAGCGGAAGACGAAAAAUGUUGAAUCGAAGCCAACGUUGAAACCGGAGGAAAUCGAUCCGCUAACUCUUUUUAUUGGAAACCUUCCGAAUGCUGUCACCGUUUACACUGUGAAGCAAAUGUUUCCCACGGCCAGACGUAUCGACAUAGGACACGCUCAACGUAUGAAGCACACUCGGUACGCCUUCAUCCGGUUCCACAAUGUCGGUGACGCUAUCGCAGCUUUCAAGGCAAAUUUCAAUAAAGUCAUCGACGGCAAAAACAUUAUCGUGCGCUUUCGGCGCCACAAUGCUCCCAUCGCUAUGCCAGAAGAUACAAACACUCCCAAAACGCCAAAGAGACAGAAAGGAUUGGGACAACUGUUUGUUUCAGUAGAGCAGAAACCAACGCGCAAUGUACGUAGCAUUGAUAAACCGCACAAUCUAGAGAUACACCAUUCAGAUACUCUUAACACCAUUCGGACGGAUAUUUUGGACGAAGACAUUGUUAAAAACGAAAUGGCUCAUCGGCAUAGAGUUAAAAUCGAACCACCGGAAAUUCCAGAAAACGACAUUGAAGAAGAGGAGUCGGAUGAUAUAGAGGAUUUUUUGGAAGAUGACGAAGCCGAAGAUUUAAAUUUGGAUGAAAUAAAUGCAGACGAUAAUUAUUGCGAAGAUGACGACACAGAUGUGGAUGCUAUCGAUAAAAAUUACUGGACGUUGGAGCAGCUGCGUAGCAAGGCCAGUAAUGACGGGACGACCUCAGUGUCCGAAUCGAUCAAAAGUGACAUAUUCAUGGAACCCGAAUCUGCUACCAAAACCAGUUGUUCCACGACAUUUACGACGAAGCCAAAAGAUCACAAACCAGUGUCAACAUUUAUAGUCAGUAAGAGACGAGACGAUCAGUUGCAAGACUUGUUCAGCUGUUUGGAGCCCGAUGAUGAUUUAUCGCUUUAAAAAUAUCAGUGUUCGUUAUGCAUUCACAUUUCAUGACCUGUAUCUCAGCGUUGGCGUUCUUCUAGGACUUUUAACUGAAUCACUUAGAAUAGGUUCGUAAAUGUGCACUUUACUUGCAAUCAUUGAUUAUUUAGAAAGACUGCUUUGCUAUCGAUAAUAAGUAAUACGUAUAUCUGCUUUAUCGCAUUUGGAUUAGCCGAGUUUGCCAAAUUUGCUACAAGUGUCGGGACCUUGAAAUCAAUAUUUUAAAGGUGAAUAUUUUGCCAAUUAGAAAUAGUUUAUUGAAGAAUUCCAGUCAAAUAUUCCAGUUUGCGUGAUAUAAAUUAUUCAGUACCGAUCAA